AUGGGUGACCGAUCACGCAGCAGAUCCCCUCGUCGACGAGACGGUGGCGACCGUCCACGCAAAACAGGAGGAUUUCGGUGGAAGGACAGGCGGCGCGACGAUGAUACCCGCAACGCAGGCGACGAGCGUGGACUAGACCGCGGAUAUUGCGAUCGACCCCGAUCGCCUCGGCGAGAUCGAGAUGCAGAUCGUCAAGGAGAUCGAUACCGGCAUAGUGACCGCGACCGCGAUUGGAAUCGAAGGCGACGCGAUGACGGAGAGGCACCUCGAGAAGAUCGGGACAAGAAGAGAAAGAAGGAGAAGAAGCCCGUCGCACCGCAAUCAUCGGAACCCAUGAUCGUGGUACAUGUCAAUGAUCGUCUGGGUACCAAGGCUGCAAUUCCCUGCCUUGCAUCGGAUCCCAUCAAACUAUUCAAAGCUCAAGUGGCUGCCCGGAUUGGUCGCGAGCCCCAUGAGAUCCUACUAAAGCGUCAAGGAGAACGUCCAUUCAAGGACCAGCUUACGCUGGAGGACUACGGAGUGAGCAACGGAGUGCAGCUGGACCUGGAAGUUGGGACCGGAGAUUAA